CAGCGUUUCAGUUAGCGGCGAGCCGCUGUGGAGGUAGGGUUGUUUUAUCGUCGAUUUUCGGGCAGCGUCUCGAGCGUAUUCAAUUUCUCUCCUCGUUUUUUCGAUCGUUUCGAAUUCAAGACGAGACGCGUUUUUCCGCAGCGAGCGAGAGAGAUUGGAGUUUUGUUUGUUCGCGCGGUUUUGGUUUUCGAAUAAGAAAAAAAAAAAAAAAACUUUCGGAGUAAACUUAGUGAGCGAAAGGCUUUUUAGACAGUAAAAGUCUGGUUUAAGUGCGAACAGUGAGUUUCUUUUUCGUGAGAACAUACUUAACGAAAUUCAAUUACCAAUCGUUUCACGUCUGUCUAGUAUCAGAAUAAUGUGAACCGCUGAGUGAGUGACAGAGAGUAUAGACAGACGGACCUGAGGAAAAUUUAAACGCUCCGAUUUCAACAUGACGCGGAGCAGAGCCUAGGACCAAUCGUGUCUCGAGAGAAGAUAAAGCAGGAGGAAGAACGAACUUGCCGUGAACGUCGCCUGAACGAUCAAUCGCAGAGAGCGCAUCUCCCAUCGGAGCAAAUACAAUCGGGGAAAGUGGAGUCGCGUUCUCCACCCAAGAUGAAGGAAAAAUCGAGUUCGUAUCGACCUUCCCGGUUCUGGAUCGUCCUGGUGACGAUCCUUUCCGGUCAAAUGCUGCUCCCGCAACCAACCAGUGGCGAGAUCUACGCGAAGAUGUUCUCCAGCCAGCAGAACCCGAGCGACCCGUGCUACGACGAGGACCGGCCGCGACGCUGCAUACCGGAUUUCGUGAACGCGGCUUUUGGCGCGACCGUCGAGGCGUCGUCCACGUGCGGCACCGGCGGUCCCACUCGUUACUGCGACGUCACCGACAAGCCCGGCGGUACCAACGGCAUCGGCGACUGCCACGUAUGCGACGACAGCACACCCCGACGCCGUUUUCCCGCCAGUUACCUCACCGAUCUCAACAAUCCCAAUAACGUCACCUGCUGGCGCAGCGAACCGCUCGUCAGCUCGCAGAGCUUCUCCGCGCCGCCCGACAACGUCACUCUCACCCUCUCGCUCGGCAAGAAGUACGAGCUGACGUACGUCAGCCUGCAGUUCUGCCCACGCGCAGCCAAGCCGGACUCGAUCGCGAUCUACAAGUCCAUGGACUACGGCAAGACCUGGCAGCCGUUUCAGUUCUACUCGUCGCAGUGCCGCAGAGUCUACGGCAGGCCGAACCGCGCGACCAUCACCAAGGCGAACGAGCAGGAGGCUCGGUGCACCGACAGCCAUCGUUACACUGGCGGGGACGGUCUAGGUCCCGUCGGCAGGAUCGCCUUCAGCACUCUGGAAGGUCGACCCUCCGCCGCCGACUUCGACAACUCGCCGGUGCUGCAGGACUGGGUGACCGCCACCGACAUCAGGGUGGUCUUCAACCGACUGCACAUGCCGCAGCAACCGCCGGACCAGUCGCUGAACGGCGAGGAUCACCACGUGGCCUCGAUCGGACUGGAAGAGCUGACGAAGCGGGAACGCGAGCGUGAGGAACGACUCAAGAACCAGAAGAACUUAUUGCUCCAAGAACCGAUACUGCGAACGGAUCCAACGGCGUUGCCGUCGGUGCACCAGGUGAUCGCGCCCCAGGAGAUGCAGUCCAACGACGCGGUCGACGCCGCGGUGCGCGACAUGGGUUUCGUACCGGUCACCAUCUCCUCGACCACGACCACGCUGGCUAGCGGUGGCGCGAUAGUGGCCGGCAACGUCGGCCUGGGCCCGGCGACCGCCACCAUGGCCCACCACUACGCGGUCUCGGACUUCGCCGUGGGCGGCAGGUGCAAGUGCAACGGCCACGCGGCGCGCUGCAUCCCCGGCAAGGACGGCGAGGUCGUCUGCGAGUGCAGGCACAACACCGCCGGCAGAGACUGCGAGCGCUGCCGACCCUUCCACUUCGACCGGCCGUGGGCCAGAGCCACCGCCAGAGACGCGAACGAGUGCAAAGUGUGCAACUGCAACCUCCACGCGAGAAAGUGCAGAUUCAACAUGGAGCUGUACAAGCUGUCGGGCCGUGUCAGCGGAGGCGUUUGUCUGCAGUGCCGGCAUUUCACGGCGGGAAGGCACUGUCAUUACUGCCGCGAAGGUUACUACAGGGACCCGGCGAGACCGAUGACGCAUCGCAAGGCCUGCAAACCGUGCGAUUGCCAUCCGAUCGGAGCUUCUGGAAAGACCUGUAACCAGAGCACCGGCCAGUGUCCCUGCAAAGACGGCGUAACUGGUGUUACCUGCAACAGAUGCGCCAGAGGCUACCAGCAGAGCAGAUCGCAUAUUGCGCCUUGCAUCAAAAUACCCAGGGUGGUGCAGACGCAGGGCACGGCAGGUGAGGAGAGCGGCGAGCACGAGGACGACGACGACGAGCGCGGAUACGACGGACGAGCUGAUCAGUGUGGAAAAUGCCGCGCGAGCACGAAGAGACUAAAUCUCAACAAGUAUUGCAAGAGAGACUACGCUAUUCUGGGCAGAAUAACGGACAGGCACAAGAAAAGCGACGGCUCGCAGGCCGGCACAAGCGUAACAGGCACAUCCUGGAUUCGAUUCACUCUGAACGUCGAUUUCAUCUACAAGAAAAAUUCCAAUUCGAGGAUUCGACGUGGCGACGUGUCCCUUUACGUUCACUCGGCUGAUCUGGCCUGCAGAUGUCCGAAAAUCAAGCCCAACAAGUCGUACUUGAUUCUUGGCCAAGAGAGCGACGGAGGCGGCCAAGGUGGACUCACGGUGACGCAGAGAUCGAUCGUCAUCGAAUGGCGUGACGAAUGGCACCGCCGAAUGCGCCGUUUUCAGCGAAGGGCGAGAUCGUGCCAUUGAGGUGUGUUCGCGGACAGAGAGGGAAGAGAUAGCAAGCGAGAUAUAGUGAGAAAGGUAGAGAGAAAGAAAGAAUGAAAGAAUACGAAAGAGAAAAUGUGUGUGCGCGUGUGAGCGUGCGUGCGUGCG